CAUGGACCCUUCAAUAAUGAAGCUCCUCGAAGAAGACGAGGAUGAAACUAUGCAUUCCGGUGCUGAGGUGGAGGCGUUUCAGGCUGCCCUCAAUCGAGAUAUUGGAGGCGAUGCGUCCACUUCUCAGCCGUCCGACUCCGUUCCCAAAUGACAAGCGUACAAUUUCAUAACUAGAAAAAGUAACAUCUAGCAGUGCAGGAGAGAUAUUUUGUGAAAGAUAAGUUCUCAAACAUUCCUGUUAAAUGCGUUUGCAUUUCUUUUAUGUUCAUUUUCUUUGCUUUCUAUUUUUCCUACUUGGAAGCUUUUUGGUUAUUUGUGACAUGUGCAACUCAAAACUGUAGCAGUUUUAUCCCAUGAAAUGAAUCAAACACCCAGUCAGCCAUUUUCAAAUUGGCAAACUACUACACAAGAUGAAAAUGCCAAUGGUGUAAUCCAGCAACAACAGCAGCAAGAACAGCACUCAUCUGUAAUGGAGCUAAAGCGGCAUGCUUCUGCUGCUGAAAAUCAGCAACUAAAUAAUGAUGCCACACAGGGAUCCAGGAACCUCCUAUUACAUCAGAAACAACCCCAAGAUGAUGUUCAAAAAGGGCAGGCAAAACAAGUUCCUCUUCAGACUCCUCGAACAACUGGGAUGCAGAUUUCUGAAAGAAAUUCUAUGCCACUAUCUGAACGUGACAAAUUGCAAAAUUCGGACACUGAACCGCAAUACAUGAAAGUAAACAUGGUUAAUCAACAGAAUCAACAGACCAUGGGCAUGGAGCAGCCUGGUAAUGUAAAGAAUCAAGCCAAGCAGAUACCAUUUGUGUUAUUGUUGCCUGCCUUAAAGCCACAUCUUGAUAAAGACAGAGAGAUGCAACUUCAGACUCUCUUUAAUAAAUUGAGGAAAAAUGAUAUUGCGAAAGAGCAGUUUGUCAGGCUUAUGAGAAACAUUGUGGGGGACCAAGUGCUAAGAUUGGCAGUUGCACAAUUGCAGUCGCAGCCAGGUUCCACCCAAUCCCAGUUACAAUCUCAAGCUUUUGCACGCCAACAUAAUGUGAGAAUGCCUGUCAGUGCUAGUGCCUCUUCAGCAGUCCAAGUGCUGGCUGAUUCUAGCUAUCCAUCUGCAGAAAAUAAUGCUCAGAAAUCUCGAGAGGUGGAACGUCAGCCAGAUUCUCUUGGAAUGCAAGUUAGCCAAAUGCCUUCUUCCAGUGCUAGCAUAGUCAAUCAAGAUAGGGAACACUCUUCAAUUUCUAUGCCAGGACAUAGCAAGCAGCAGCAACAUUUGCACUUUCCACCAACUUCCUUUCCAAUGUAUGGAAGUAAUAGUGCGACUUAUCACCCAUAUUCUGGAACAAAUGUCAAUACUUCAGGAUCAUCCAUGAAGCCACAGUCUCAUGAUAUGCAAAUGAGGCAAAUUUCACAUCAAACCAUGGGCACAACACAAGUAGGGGGUUCAACCCAAGCAAUGAACAUGAUGAGUGUGCCGAAAUUUGAGAGGCAAAACGCUGUUGCUGAUCCCAACAGAGUGCAGAGUGGUUCUAUUUCCCAGUAUGCAAACAAAUCGGCCUUGCAACAAAGUUCAGUUCCAUGGCAAGCACCAACGAAUAAAGAGCAAAGUUCUGCCCCUUUCUCAUCAACAAAUUAUGUAAAACAAGAACCAGUUGAACAGGCUGUUGAGCAGCAGCAGAAAUCUCAGGUGUCUAACCCUCAGGUUGUAUCUGCCACACCUGCUGAACAGGGGAACCCAGUGCCAGGAAAUUCAAAGGAUGUCUCUUUAGAAAAGCAAACUUCAAAAGUUGGUUUCUCUCCACCCAUUGGUUUGGCACCCUCAAGUUCAGUUUCUCCUUCCAUUUCAACUCCAUUGGAGCCAAAUGCACAGGUUGGCUCUCGGAUCCCAUCUGUAGUUGCUUCUGCUGGAGUUAAUGCAAGAACACCUCCAAAGAAACCUUCAAUUGGCCAAAAGAAGCCACUUGAACCACUUGGUUCUUCUCCACCUGCAUCAAGUAAGAAGCAAAAAGUUUCUGGGGCCUUUUCAGAUCAAAGCAUUGAACAACUUAAUGAUGUCACUGCUGUCAGUGGAGUUAAUCUAAGGGAAGAGGAAGAACAGCUAUUCUCUGGAUCCAAGGAGGAAAGUCGAGUUUCAGAAGCAUCUCGGAGGGUUGUACAAGAAGAAGAAGAAAGGUUGAUUUUGCAGAAGAUUCCACUGCAGAAAAAAUUGGCAGAGAUCAUGGCUAAAUGUGGUUUGAAGAAUAUUAAUAAUGAUGUGGAGCGAUGCUUGUCGUUGUGUGUGGAGGAAAGAAUGCGUGGACUAAUAAGUAAACUGAUCAGGCUAUCCAAGCAGCGGGUUGAUGCUGAGAAGCCUAGACAUCGGACUGUAAUCACCUCAGACGUUCGACAGCAAAUCAUGGCAAUGAACCAGAAAGCUAAGGAAGAAUGGGAGAAAAAGCAGGCAGAAGCUGAAAAGCUUCGAAAAGUUAAUGAUCCUGAGGGUGAUAAUGGAGCUGAAGUUGAUAAUGAGAAAGAUGAAGGUCGUAUGAAAUCAGUAAAGGUAAACAAAGAGGAUGAUGACAAAAUGAGGACAACAGCUGCAAAUGUUGCUGCUCGAGCUGCUGUUGGUGGAGAUGACAUGCUAUCAAAAUGGCAACUCAUGGCUGAGCAAGCACGCCAGAAACGUGAAGGUGGGACGGAAGCAACAUCCAGUUCCCAGUCAUCCAAGGAAGUUAACUACAAGAGUCCUUCAACAACUGGAAGAAAUAUAAAGGAUAAUCAAGAAACAGACAAAAGGAGCCCGGCAGUUGCAUCUAAGGCUGCUAGGAAAACUGGAAGGAACCAAAGUGUGCCUGAAGUCAAGAUUGCUCGCACUAUCUCCGUUAAGGAUGUAGUUGCAGUUCUGGAAAGAGAACCCCAGAUGUCCAAAUCUACUCUGAUUUAUCAAUUGUACGAGAGAACCCGAUCUGACCAUCCUCUUGAAUAGUGAAAGAUUGAACCUCAAAAUAGAUUUUUUUUUUUUUUUUUUUCUCUUCCCCAUUGUGGUAUUUUAGUUUUUAACUAGUGAUAAGUAAUCCUAGGCAAGAGUUCUGAUAUGCGAAGGGCUCCUGCCAUUUGUUGCUUGUAGAGAACGGUUAAUAGCAACAUUUAGGUGCUAGCUUACUGCAGGAUGAACUUGGCUGUCAUAAAUUCAACUUUAAUCAUGAGAAUUUGAUUCUUAA